AUGGCUGAGGCUGCUGAUGCCCCGCAGCACAUCCAGCUGAAGGUGAAGGACCAGCAAGGCAGCGAGGUCCAGUUCAAAAUCAAGAAGACAACUCCUCUGAGGAAGCUCAUGGAUGCCUAUUGCAGCCGCCUGGGCCUACAAGCAUCCCAGGUUCGGUUCAUGGUGGACGGAGAGCGAAUCGCUGCCGAUGACACGGCCGAGAAGCUGGGACUCGAGGACGAGGAUUUGAUUGAUGUGGCCAUGGAGCAGACAGGCAAGCAAGAGACCUGCAUAGGCGGUUGUUUUGUUGACGCUCCGCGCCGUCUGCUACAGGCAAUCCUGCGCUGGUGCAGUUUUAGAUGA